AGUGGAUCCCCCACUACGAUCCAUCAUCGUCGAGUGCAUUGCAUUGGCCGCACGCAACAAAAACAAACCAAUGCAAUAACCUGAUCGACUGCCUGAGAGAGAGACCAAGUAUGUAGCUUCUUCGUUCUAUAAAACGCGGCACGAGCUCGCGUGUGUCCGCCACACUGCCACUGCUAGCACUGCCUCUUCCAGUAUAUACAUCCACCGAUCGAUCCACACUGCUACAUACUGACUAUACUCACUCACUCAAAUCAUCAGCAGCAUAUCCAUGGCGGCCUUGAUCAAUAACGUGGACGGCGCCAACAAGCUGGCCGGCGUUGUGGACGCCGAGAACCCGCGUGCCCUCCCUUGCGGCGGCGUUGACGAGGACGACGUCCUGUCGCAGCGCGCCAACUGGCUGCGCGCCGCCGUGCUGGGCGCCAACGACGGGCUGGUGUCGACGGCGUCGCUGAUGCUGGGCGUGGGCGCCGUGAAGGCGGACGCGCGCGCCAUGGUCAUCUCCGGCUUCGCGGGCCUCCUGGCGGGCGCCUGCAGCAUGGCCAUCGGCGAGUUCGUCUCCGUCUGCUCCCAGCGCGACGUCGAGCUGGCUCAGCUCGAUCGCGACGGCAAGCGCGGCGGCGAGGAGGAGAAGGCGCUCCCGAGCCCCGUCCAGGCCGCCGUCGCGUCCGCGCUCGCCUUCUCCGUCGGCGCGCUCGUGCCGCUGCUGGCCGCAGGCUUCAUCCGCGACUACAGGCUCCGCAUCGGCGUCGUCAUCGCGCUGGCCACCGCCACGCUCGCCGCGUUCGGCUGCGUCGGUGCCGUGCUGGGCCGCGCCCCCGUCGCGAGGUCCUGCGCGCGGGUGGUGACCGGCGGCUGGGCCGCCAUGGGCGUCACCUUCGGCCUCAUGAGGCUCUUCAAAGCAAGCGGAAUAUGAUGAUGUUGAUCUCGAUAGAUCAUCCAACACACCACACGCUUCUGGUGUGUCGUCGUUGCUUUUAUCAUUUCGUUUCGUACGUGCAUCCAUCUCCUAACCAGUAACCAUACACUAGAUAUAUGACAGAUGCACACGCGACUCAUAUCGAUGAUCCAUCAUCCAUCCCUAGCUGCUACCUAGCUAGUUGCAUCUAUGUAUGCUACCUGCUGCUGUUGAAUAUCGAUCGAGUUACCAUGCAUGAACGCUAAUGUAAUACUACGUACGUACUGUGAGCAUAUCGUGCAUGCUUGUACUGCUCUUAAGACGACUGCGGCAGGCAUGUGUAAACACUGCUGAACUAAUAUCAACCGUAUUAAUUAAUUAAUUUCUCACUUAAUUAUUCA